AUGUCUGCGCCAGGCGGGGCUCCGAGCCCUGCACCUCGAAGUGCAAGCAUCGGCCCCGGUGGUGGUGGUAUGUCUAUGCCUCCCCAGCAGCCCAUGGGAAACACCACUCCAGUGGGAGCACCGACUCCGGGUCCUCCACCUCCACCGCCGAGUGGUGCGAUGUCGCAGCAGAAUCUGAAUCAAAUAGUCAUUGAUUACCUGGCCAAGAAAGGAUACAGCCGUACUGAAGCCAUGCUGCGCAUGGAAUCAGCUAACCAAGAAAUCGAUGGCCGUCCUUUGCCUCCCCUUGGCGAGGAUGCGCGUCCCAAGUAUAGAAUGGGGUUCGAUAUACUGAAAGUCUGGGUUGAAGACAAUCUAGAUCUGUACAAGCCCGAACUUAGGCGUGUUCUGUGGCCGCUCUUUGUCUACUCUUUCCUCAACAUGGUGACAUCCUUUUAUCCUCAAGAGGCCAAGCAGUUCUUUGAUAUAAACAAGAACCUGUUCCUCCCUGAGCACACAGACGAUGUCCGUAAACUGGAGCCCAUCAGUCUUCCUGAGCAUGUUCAGGACAACGCCACGGCCAAACUCUACCGGAAUAACAAGUAUCGCUUAGUACUCAGCAACCCAGCAUUUUCGAACCUUAUGCAGUUUCUCGAAAACAAGUCGAAAGAGGGAGGCUCUGUUAUGUCCGCUAUUCUGAGCAGCUACUGCACAAUCAUUACCAAAGAGCGUGCGUCCGACGAUCGUUUCAGCUUCGCUGCUAUGUUAGGCCAAGCUGGAGCAGGGCAGACAUUUCCCGCUGAAGACGAAGGUAUUCCCGGUCACCAUCCUGGAUCGGCCUACACAGGCGACAAUCCGGCAAUGGCUGGAACAUUACCCCGGCUCCGACUGGGCAAGCUUCCUAUGGAAUCAACGCUUGAGACCGACGUACGAGGCGAAUUAGCAGACGAAGACAUGAAGAACCCUCCGGCACCUGGCCACAACAGUCUUGUGCAGGAGUUUGACCAGAUGAUCAAAAAGGAAGAAGAUGACGAAGCGCCCAGUCGUGCCGAUAUUCCAUACCCUCCCUCGACUGCUCGCGAUGUGGCUCUGGAAGUUCAAAAGGUGAAAGAGAAUCGUGAUCGGUUCAGGAUUGAGGGCCGGACAGGAGGUGUUGGUCCUGCAGUCAGUGUUUGCAUGUUCACAUUCCACAACACUUAUGACGGAAUCAAUUGCCUGGAUUUCUCCGACGAUAAUAUGCUCGUUGCAGCUGGUAUGCAGGAGUCGUAUAUUCGUGUUUGGAGCAUGGAUGGCAAGAAAAUCCAAACGACCUACGACAACGUGGAUGAUGCGCCUCCCUCGAACUCGCGUCGUCUGAUUGGACACUCGGGUCCGGUUUAUGCAGUCGCAUUUGCACCUUCUGCCACACGCUCAGAGGGCGCUGUAGCGCCGACCAACGCCCGUUGGCUGCUCUCUUCGUCUGCAGACAAGACCAUCCGACUCUGGUCUCUUGAUCUAUGGCAAUGCAUGGUCGUCUACAAGGGCCAUGAUCAGCCUGUUUGGGAUCUUCAGUGGGGCCCUUUCGGUCACUACUUUGUUUCCGGCGGACAUGACAAGACAGCUCGUCUCUGGGUUACAGACCAUAUUCGUCAGCAGCGCAUUUUCGUCGGCCAUGACCAGGACGUGGACUGCGUCUGCUUCCACCCGAAUUCCGCCUACGUCUUCACUGGCAGCUCCGACCAUACGGUCCGCAUGUGGGCGGUCACCACCGGUAACGCUGUGCGGAUGUUCACUGGUCACACCGGCAAUAUUACGGCCUUGGCCUGCAGCAGAGACGGCAAACUUCUUGCAUCCGCAGACGAUCAAGGAUCCAUCCUCUUGUGGGAUCUGGCACCCGGAAGGUUGUUGAAGCGCAUGCGCGGUCAUGGAAAAGGAGGAAUCUGGUCCCUUAGCUGGAGCGUUGAGUCGACUGUCCUGGUCUCUGGCGGUGCCGACGGCACUGUCCGCGUGUGGGAUGUCACCGGCCCAGCCCAAGAUCCGUCCCAAGGUCGCGUAGUCGGCGAAGGCGGAGCAGGCACAAAGGUCGAUGCUGGCAACCCCUCAGCCGCUUCCACCCAACCCUCGACCUCGGUUGCUCCGGGAAUGGGCAAGAAGAAAGGAAAGGAUGUCGUUGUCACACCUGACCAGAUCAGCGCCUUCCCGACGAAGAAGAGUCCGGUCUACAAAGUCAAGUUCACCAACAUGAAUCUGAUCAUCGCCGGCGGGGCCUAUCUUCCUUGA